GUCUGUCUGUCUGUCUGCCUAUACCUAGGUACUUAGUCGAUCCCACGCUCACACUACUGCUGUACUUAUUUUAGGCGGGGAUAAACGAUCAAUUACUGUACAGCGCACGUUCGCGACUACCCAUGUUCGCUGCGACAGUCCGACGAAGCAUCUCCAAAUCAAUCAACACCGGCAUAAUGGCGGACAACUGUAUCUUUUGCAAGAUCAUUAAGGGUGACAUCCCUGCCAUGAAGGUCUUUGAGAAUGAAAAGACAUUGGCCUUUCUCGACAUCAAUCCUCUCUCUUACGGUCACACGCUCGUCAUUCCAAAGCAUCACGGCCGCACCUUGACCGACAUCCCGGACGACAGCCUCGCCGACCUCUUGCCCAUCGCUGCCAAGGUCGCCCGCGCCACCGGUGCAGAGCAGUACAACAUUCUGCAGAACAACGGCCGCCUCGCUCACCAGCAGGUCGACCACGUCCACAUCCAUGUCAUCCCCAAGCCCACCGAGCAGGAAGGCUUGGGCAUCAGCUGGCCGCAGCAGCAGAGCGACAAGGCCAAGCUCCAGCAGGUCUUGGAGGAAUUGAAGGCCAAGAUUUAGAGGUUCUUAUCUGGUGUUCAAGAAGCAGAACUUUUCCGCUUGUUGAAUGAUCGAGUAUUCACGAGGAACACGAAAAGACGUCGUUACGAAAUACUAUGUCGGAAAAUCUAGACAUCUCUCGGUGCCAUC